CCCCGCCCCGCCGCUCGCUCCAUGUCCAUCCAUCCAUCUUUGAGCCGUGUGCGCAGUGAACGUCAUCUCUCCAGGCCACCAUUUCCGACCCUUACAACCACCACCUCCACGACACACACCGCGCAUCUACACUCUACACUCUCCCACUACAAACAACAACCUCUCUGCACAAACAUAGACCCCCUACAAACGUCAAGAUGAACCGCCUCUUCGGCUCCAAGCCCGCGGGCCCAAAACCCACCCUCAACGGCGCCAUAACCAACCUCGACACCCGCAUAUCCUCCGUCGACACCAAACUCAAAGCCCUUAACGCCGAACUAGGCGCCUACCAAGAAAAGCUAUCCCGCAUGCGCGAAGGACCCGGCAAGCAAGCGAUGAAGCAAAAAGCCCUCAAGGUGCUGCAGCGCCGCAAAGCGUAUGAGGCAGAGAAGGACAAGCUCGAGAGUCAAGUGUGGAACAUGGAGCAGGCGAACAACAUGCAGGAUAACUUGAAGAACGUGAUGACGCAGGUCGAUGCGAUGAAGACGACGAAUAAGGAGCUGAAGAAACAGUAUGGAAAGAUCGACAUUGAUAAGAUUGAGAGGUUGCAGGAUGAGAUGGCGGAUCUGAUGGAUGUGGGUAAUGAGAUUCAGGAGAGUUUGGCGAGGAGUUAUGACAUUCCCGAGGAUGUGGAGGAGGAUGAGUUGGAUGCUGAGUUGGAGGCGUUGGGGAUGGAGGUUGAGAUGGAGCAUGAGAUGGGCGGUGCUGUGCCGGGUUUCUUGCAGGAUGAGGUCGUGCCAGAGUUUGUAGACGAGCCUCCCCAGACUGAGGAUAAGGUGAAGCAGGUUGCUGGUUAACGAAGGGCGUCGCUGGAUCAUGUUAGGCUACUCGGGGUUGUCUACGUGGGUUUUGCUUGUCUUGGCGUUGGUUAGGUUCGUAGGGUCACCCAAGCACAUCAUUUCACUCUUCCAUUAUUGUUAUGAAUG